CAGCAGCAAUUGCAGGCUCAACAUCUCUCCCAUGGCCAUGGACCUCCAGUGCCUCUAACACCACAUCCAUCAGGACUUCAGCCCCCAGGAAUCCCUCCACUUGGAAGCAGUGCUGGCCUUCUUGCCCUUUCUAGUGCGUUGGGUGGGCAAUCUCACUUGGCAAUAAAAGAUGACAAGAAACAUCAUGAUGCAGAACACCACAGAGACAGGGAGCCGGGCACAAGUAAUUCUCUGUUGGUCCCGGACAGUCUGCGAAGCACAGAUAAACGCAGGAAUGGUCCUGAAUAUACCAAUGACAUCAAAAAGAGGAAGGUGGAUGAUAAGGAAUCCAGCCAUUAUGACAGUGAUGGGGACAAGAGUGACGAUAACUUGGUUGUAGAUGUAUCCAAUGAGGAUCCUUCUUCCCCAAGGGCAAGUCCCUCUCAUUCACCACGUGAAAAUGGUAUAGAUAAAACCCGACUGAUGAAGAAAGAUGCCUCUAGCAGUCCAGCAUCUACGGCCUCUUCAGGAAGUUCUACUUCCCUCAAAUCCAAAGAAAUUAGUCUGCAUGAAAAAGCCAGCACGCCUGUUCUGAAAUCCAGUACACCAACUCCUCGAAGUGAUGUGCCAACCCCAGGCACUAGUGCAACUCCAGGACUUCGUCCAGGCCUUGGCAAGCCUCCAACAAUGGACCCUCUGGUUAACCAAGCUGCUGCAGGUUUGCGGACACCAUUAGCAGUACCAGGACCAUACCCUGCUCCCUUUGGAAUGGUACCUCAUGCUGGCAUGAAUGGAGAGUUAACCAGUCCAGGGGCAGCCUAUGCCAGUCUGCACAAUAUGUCACCCCAGAUGAGUGCUGCUGCUGCUGCAGCUGCUGUGGUUGCCUAUGGAAGAUCUCCUAUGGUUGGUUUUGAUCCUCCUCCUCACAUGAGAGUACCUGGAAUCCCUCCAAAUCUAGCAGGGAUUCCUGGGGGAAAACCAGCCUACUCCUUUCACGUUACUGCAGAUGGUCAGAUGCAGCCAGUUCCUUUCCCUCCCGACGCCCUCAUCGGUCCAGGAAUCCCUCGCCACGCCCGUCAGAUCAACACUCUGAACCACGGGGAAGUUGUGUGUGCAGUUACCAUCAGCAACCCCACAAGACACGUCUACACGGGUGGGAAGGGGUGCGUCAAAGUCUGGGACAUCAGCCAGCCUGGCAACAAGAGUCCUGUCUCUCAGCUGGACUGCCUGAACAGAGAUAACUACAUCCGCUCUUGUAAAUUGCUACCUGAUGGAUGCACCCUCAUAGUUGGUGGUGAAGCCAGCACAUUAUCCAUCUGGGACCUGGCAGCACCAACUCCUCGUAUAAAAGCAGAGCUGACAUCCUCAGCCCCUGCCUGCUACGCUCUGGCUAUCAGCCCUGAUUCCAAGGUCUGCUUUUCCUGCUGCAGUGAUGGGAACAUCGCAGUGUGGGAUCUCCACAAUCAGACACUGGUCAGGCAAUUCCAGGGCCACACAGAUGGAGCCAGCUGUAUUGACAUUUCUAAUGAUGGUACCAAGCUCUGGACAGGAGGUUUGGAUAAUACAGUCAGAUCCUGGGACUUGAGAGAGGGGAGACAGUUACAACAGCAUGACUUCACGUCACAGAUAUUUUCCCUUGGUUAUUGUCCUACUGGUGAAUGGCUAGCUGUGGGAAUGGAGAGCAGCAAUGUAGAAGUGCUACAUGUAAAUAAACCAGACAAAUAUCAACUGCACCUUCAUGAGAGUUGUGUAUUGUCACUCAAGUUUGCUUACUGUGGUAAAUGGUUUGUGAGUACUGGGAAAGAUAACCUUCUCAAUGCAUGGAGAACUCCUUACGGAGCCAGUAUCUUCCAGUCCAAAGAAUCUUCAUCAGUGCUUAGCUGUGACAUCUCUGUGGAUGAUAAGUACAUAGUCACGGGCUCUGGAGACAAAAAGGCUACAGUCUAUGAAGUUAUCUACUGAAAACUAUGAUGGGGAUAUAACUUUUAGAAGUUGAACUGGGCCAAAAUUGUUCUAAAUUGUAGAAGUAGAAAGGUUUUGCCUUUUAAAAAGGAACAAAAGUAUUGAGCUUCCAGACCUUGCCAUGAAACUACUCCGAUUUUUCAAAAUAGAAGGCAACAUCCAGCAACUAAAUAUUGGCUUCGUGGACCAAAUGGAACACAGAGGCAAGAUGGACAGAUGUAGCCUAGGUUCUUGAGAUAGUUUUAAAAAGCCAAGUCUACUGAAGAACGUUGGAGCCUUUUAUUUUUUUCUUUCUUUGUGACCUCAUGCAAAUUGUUCUCAUUGCCUGAAUAUGGGGGAUAAAUACCUUUCUGUUUCUUGCAGUUCAAGUUGCAUUCUGUCCUGUGUAGAGCAGUGGUGUCUCAGUUGAACUUGUUUCCUGAUUUUGCAUCUUGUGAUAUGUUUUUGUAUUUUUGUUGAAGGUCAAACAUUUGUAUAAAUUGUAAAUAUAUUUAGUUUAUUACAGUAAAGGCUUUAGUAUGAACAACCAGUCUUUCUCCUCUCCCUCCCCCUCCUCCCCCUCCCCCCUCCUGCCCUGCUUAUUUAAAACUAAAAAACUUUUGGCGACACAAGUACCUUUUUAGAAGCAAAAGCAAACACUAUGUAUAGUUUGAAAAUGGUGUCUUAUUCUUUAUAACUCUUCCUAGAUUACUUUGUCAUACUUAAAAGUAGUUGUUUUGACAUAUUAGGGUAUCAAGUCCAGUAGAUACUGUCUUGUGCUAAAGAAAACUUAAAAGGCAAUUUUGUACUAAUUAUAGUGUAAAUAUAAAAAUUGAACAUU